AUGCUAAGAUAUCUAUUAUUGCUUAUCAUUCCCGUCAUAUCAAAAAUCAAAUUGGGUCUUCAUUCUGAUACAAAAAAAACCGGAUCAAGCAGAAUCCUAGAAAUUCCACUUAAGAAUUCUAACAAUGUAAUCAUAAAUUAGGAAGCCUAUUCAAUUGCCUUAUCUAUUGGAACUCCACCACAGCAUUUCGAAUUGCUGCUAAGUACGGGUAAUAGCUCAGUAAGAGUAAUAUAGUUGAGUUGAAUUGUAUCUUCUACUUGCUUCAAUUGCAGAAUGCCUGUAAAUGCCUAUGAUAUCAAUAAAUCUACAUCAUACACUAGCCAAGGAAUUCUAGGCACUUUGGAUGUAAGCCUUAUAUAGAAUGGCUACAGCACUUUUACAACUUUAUUGAGCACAGAUAAUUUCAAAUUUGAAGAUUCUAGUGAAUCUGUUCAAUAUUUUUGGUUAUUUACGCAAAACUUAAAUUACCCUGGACAAAUAAUCGAGGGAGUACUCGAUUUAGGACUUAAUAAUUUAGGAUAUCCACUUUUAUUGAGGAAUUGUAUUAUGAUAGAAUUAUAG